GCUGGGCCCUCUUGGGCCUCUCCUGGCCGCCUUUGGGGUCUCUUGGGGCUGUUGUGGGGCGGCCGAGGGUCCCUGUUCGGCUGUCUUGGGGCCCUCUUGGGUUCCUUGACGCCCUUUGGGGGGGGCCCUCUUGGGGCGCUUUGAGGCCCUCUUGGGCCGUCUCUUCCUUGCUGUGCCUUCCUUCCUCUCCUCCGUCUCUCGUUCCUCCUCCCCCCCUCCUCGCCAGCCGGCCCCCGGCGAUCGGCCCUCGCGCCGGCGUGCUCCUCGGGCCGACGCCAUGGGCCGCCUCGGCCGCGCGCUGCCCCUGGCGGUGGCGGCCCUGGCGUGGCCGGCCGGCUCCGUCGAGACGGCGGUGGUGAACCUCCUGCGCCACGGCGAGAAGUGCAACGACCCCGACAGCGGCCACGGUCUCUCGGAGGCCGGGAUGGACAGGGCGCAGUACCUGGCGCGGUGCAUGGCGAGCACCAGCCGGAGUCCCGUGAUGCCGUUCGGGCGGGCGACCGCGGUCGUGGCGAGCAAGGUGAAGAAGGGCAAGUCGACCCGGCCGCGCGACACGGUGGCACCGCUCGCAGAGGCCCUCGGCCUCGAGGUGCAGAUGCCCUGCAAGAAGUCGGACGCGGCCUGCCUCGCGGAGCACGCCGGGCGCCUCCUGGCGAACGGGGGCACGCUGGUGGUCAGCUGGCAACACGAGGA